AUGCUUAAACCCAUUGAAGCUGAGUUCGCUCGGCCACCAAUCUAUACAAACGAGGAAGAGGCGGUUUUACACGAUGCAGAAGAUGAAAAUAUCCCUGGGUCAACACCGGGUUUUUUGGAACGAAUGCCAAGUCAUGCGACCGUGGUAAGGCCAUCGACAGAAGUAGGACAAAAUACUCAAUCUAGCUUAGAUUUAGAAAAGGGUGAAGGAGAGAUCUUGGUCGAAUUCGAACCAGGAGAAGGCCCUCGUUAUUGGUCAAAAGGCAAAAAAUGGCUUGCGACGAUGUCUACCUCGCUUCUCUGUCUCACGGUCGCUCUAGGUUCAGCAAUGCCCACCGGUGAUCUGCCAGGUACGGCGGAGGGACUCCACGUAUCAGAUGAGGCAAUAUACCUUUCAAUAACCCUAUUUGUGGUCGGUUUUGGAGUUGGACCUCUAGUCUUUGCUCCCAUGUCCGAGAUCAUUGGACGGAAACCGAUAUACAGUAUCUCCAUAUUCUUUUAUUUCAUAUUCACCUUGCCUUCAUGUCUUGCCAAGAAUAUUGGGACCAUGUUAGUCUGUCGAUUGCUUGCGGGUAUAGCUUCUUCCGCACCUAUGACCAACGUCGGCGGUACAAUCUCUGAUAUUUGGGCAGUUGAGGAACGAGGAGUACCAAUGGCCAUUUUCAGUUGUGCAAUCUUUAUGGGUCCAUGUCUAGGACCUCUCUUUGGAGGUUGGAUCAGCUACAAAACUGGUCAAUGGCGAUGGAUCUACUGGGUCUUAUUCAUCCUCGUUGGAGUCGUUUUCGUCUUCACUUUGAUCAUGCCAGAGACACUCGGCACAGUCACACUCAAGCGAAGGGCGGACAAGCUCAACAAAGUCAACAAGACAAAUAAACACCUAACUGCCCAUCAGAAAGCUCAAAAACAAUCGGGCGUGACUUUCACCAAAACACUGAAAACAGCCAUGGUCAGACCUUUCAUCUUAAUGUUUCUUGAACCUAUUAUCCUGUUUAUGAGUUUCUAUCUCAGUUUUGUUUACGCCUUAUUAUAUGCUACAUUCUUCGCAUUCCCUAUCGCUUUCGAAGAAAUUAGAGGUUGGAACUCCGGUAUGACAGGUCUCUCAUUCCUUUCAAUUGUCGUCGGUAUCUUCAUUGCUCUCUUCUGCAUGCCAGUACAAGAGCGACUUUAUGCAAGAAAACCGGGACAUCCCGAAUCUCGACUUUACCCCAUGAUGCUGGGAGCCAUUUUUUUACCUUUAUCAUUGUUCAUCAUUGCUUUCACCGGGGCUUACGCACAUGUUCAUUGGAUGGGCAUGAUGGUUGGAGGGGCCAUAUUUGGGUUCUGCAUGGUCAGCGUAUACAUCUCGGCAAACAGUUAUAUUGUCGAUAGUUAUGCUGAGGUUGCAGCAUCAGCUGUAGCAGCCAAGACUCUGAUGCGGUCAUUGAUAGGAGCUAGUGUACCUCUCUGGAUCACUCAACUAUUCCACAAUCUCGGAUUUCAAUAUGCUGGUCUCUUCCUCGCUCUUGUUGCAUGUCUCAUUGGACCCAUUCCUUAUUUCUUCUAUUUCAAGGGGGAGACCAUCCGGAACAGGUCCAAGCGUGCUAUGAAAACAUAG